GAGGGAGAAAGGACGAGCUACGGUUAAAGAGAGAGAGAAAGAGGGCGAGGGGGAGGGUGGAAGGGAGCCGAGCCGGAGAGGAGGAAUCAUGGCGGCACCGCUCGGACGGGACACCCUACCUGACCACUGGUCCUAUGGAGUUUGUAGGGAUGGCCGCGUGUUUUUUAUCAAUGACAAAACUCGCGGUACCACUUGGCUUCAUCCGCGAACUGGCGAACCUGUUAAUUCCGGACACAUGAUACGUUUAGAUUUGCCGAGAGGAUGGGAAGAGGGCUUUACGGACGAAGGAGCGAGCUACUUCAUCAACCACAACGUGAGGUGUACAUCAUUUCGCCACCCUGUUACUGGGCAGAUUUCUCCAGAAAACACGGAAUACACGCUACAGGACAAUGAUAAUGAAGUCAUAGUGGGAAAUCACUUAAAUGGAAAGACAACGCCUUUAUCAUCUCUACCCGAGCUGAAAGAUUCCUGUUUAAUACAUCCCUCCCAAAAAAUGCAUAGGAUCGAGUCCCGCAUGUCCAAUCACAGAUCACCCAGUAUGGUCACAAAGUCCUCCAAGCCUAUGGCCUCUGCGACUAUGGAUUCUGCCUCGACCUCAAAGGGAUCCAGAGGUUCGAGCAAAUGCCAUAGUUUUGGCAAGAGGGAUCAAGCUAUUAAACGAAACCUCAACAUCCCAGUGGUUGUAAGGGGCUGGCUUUAUAAACAGGACAGCUCUGGAAUGCGACUCUGGAAGCGAAAGUGGUUUGUUUUGUCCGACUUCUGCUUAUUUUAUUACAAAGACAGCCGUGAGGAGACGGUCCUUGGUAGCAUUCCUCUGCCCAGUUACGUAAUCUCACCGGUUGCGCCUGAGGACCAUGUCAAUCGCAAGUAUGCUUUUAAGGCAAGCCACACAGGAAUGCGCUCCUACAUCUACAAUAAGAACUCUGUGAUUGGCUCUCAGGCUGAACACUGCGGGAUGCGGACGUAUUUCUUUAGUGCGGACACACAAGAGGACAUGAAUGGCUGGAUCCGGGCCAUGAACCAGGCAGCGCUGAUGCAGCAGAGUCACACCAUUAAGAGAGAGAUUGAGAAGCCAGAGAAAAGUGUACAGCAGGUGCUUCCUCAAAGCAACCACGUCAACCAGACCACAACCCAGACAGAAACCUUUCCAAAAACAGACAGAGAGCACCCUUGGGAAGAUGGUGUUCGACUAUCCCCCGGAGAAGAGAGGAGGAAUGGCCAUCUGAGCGUCCAGCAAGUGCCUGUGCCCUCGGAACACCACAAUGGAAACCUGUUGUAUCCAAGGGGGGCUGAUGCAGAGAAACACGCACAGAGGAAAAAUGCUCUGGCUCAAGUGGAGCAUUGGGUCAAAGUUCAGAAGGGCGACCCGCCAAAAAGCGCCCCCUCUGCUGAGUACAACCUCCCUCGGCGAACUCCCCCCCUACAGUCCAAAGUCAGCACAGCGGACACGUCCUGCCAGUCAAUGCCAAAGUCCCCCCGCCUCCCGUCCGGCAGCACCUCCCCCUCGUUUAACCUCCCCAGUGACUACAAGUACGCCCACGACCGACUGAGCCACUUCCGCAUGUCCACAGAUGAGCGCGUGGCCAGCAAGGAGGGGAUGGUGUGGCAGCUGUACGAGUGGCAGCAGAGGCAGCAGUUCCGGCACGGCAGCCCCACAGCACCCGCAUACGCCGGCCCCAACUUCACUGACUCAUCCUCUUUCACGGUCACUGUGGAAAUGCCACGCUCCAUCUCUGUGCCGCCGUCGCCGUGUGAAGUCCCACCAUCCGUCUCCCCUUCUUUCCAGCCCCUGUCACCUCGCAGGCCGCACACACCUUCGGGCAGACGGACAGUCAGGCCUCUUGAUGAUAUGUCGAGUGAGGACAAAACUGGAGCGACAUCCCCUGCUCACAUCUUCACUCGCCUCUCACAGACCUCCCAGAUUGCCAGACGCUCCAUGCCAGCCAUGGGCUACAUCACACACACUGUCAGUGCACCCAGCUUGCAUGGCAAAACGCCCGAGGAGCUGACUCUUCUCCUCAUUCAGCUGCGGAGACACCAGGCCAAGAUGGCCGGUGGACAAAGCCCAGCCAGUGCCGGUGCGGGUGGUGCGUUCGCUCAUCUGCAGCGUCAGCAGCACAACGGCCUCCACGGCCCCCGCGUGCAGGCUGAUGAUACUUAUGUACAACUGAAGAAGGACCUGGAGUAUCUAGAUCUGAAGAUUCAAAGUCAUGAGCCGCUGACUGUAUCAAUUUACAGUGGCUUUGAAAAUUCCACGCCAACUUUUGGAAGCUGUUGGAAUGUUACUGGACGAGAAAGCCUCAGAAAAGAAGCGCAAAGGCCGGUGAAAAUAGCUGAAAGUGAUGCUGAUGUGAAAUUAAGCCGACUGUGUGAACAAGACAAGAUUCUGCAGGAGCUAGAAGCUAGGAUACGCACACUAAAAGAAGAUAAGGACAAGCUGGAGUCAGUGUUGGAUGUAUCCCACCAGCAGAUGGAGCAGUACAAAGAUCAACCAGCCCAUAUGGAGAAAAUUGCCUACCAGCAAAAACUACUGCAGGAGGAUGUGGUGCACAUCAGGGCGGAAAUAUCCCAAGUAUCCACAGAGAUGGAAAAUGCGUGGAAAGAGUACAUUAGGCUGGAGAAAGAUGUGGAUUGGCUAAAAGCGGCCCUGCAUGGACAUAUGACUCGUACUGACCUUUCUCAGCAAGAAAAAGUCCAGAUGAGGAAAGAGCUUUGGAGAAUCGAGGAUGUUAUCGCAGGCCUCAGCAGCAGUAAAGACAACUACAAAGUCACUAUCUCCUCUGUGACUAACCCAGAGAGGAAAUUUGUGCCUUGUGUGUCAGCGUCAUCAGUGCCUUCAAUAUCUGGAAGCCCGCCUGCUAUGGAGAUGAGAUUGUCCCAGCAGCAGCAGCAGCAGCACAGCCCCCACCUCAGUCCUAGAAGCCACAAUGCCACAACUUUCACGCUAUCCACCAGUCACAGUCAUCAGCCCUCACUGCACUCUACAAGCACCACGACUGGAAGUACAUGGGCUGAGGAAGAUGUGCCCCCCCGACCGCCUCUACCUCAAGUAUACAGUCCUGAUGAGCACCCUCCUGCCGUGCCCCCCCUGCCCAGGGAGACGACAGUUAUCAGACACACGUCAGUGCGCGGACUCAAGCGACAGUCUGACGAACGGAAGAGGGACCGAGAGAUAGGCCAAAAUGGAGAUGUUAAGGUUGAGCUCAGGCCUUUCCUGAGCGAUCCUGAGCUGGUGGGUGCAGGAGACGGCUCCAGCGUCACUGGCAUGACGUCGUCAGGACACAACGGAGGUUAUCAAACGUUACCAAGCAGAGGAGUAUCCGGCUCCUCCCUCAGAAUGAAUCACUCCUCAAGCAUCUCUUCUUAUGUGACCUUACGAAGAGCGACUUCAGCUCCUGGUGUAAAGGAGCGAUCCAAAAGUGCCUUAGAACGUCUCUACUCUGCGGAUUCCGUGCCUCAGCGCGGGCGGAUGAGUGCCGAUGAGCAGCUGGAGAGGAUGAAAAGGCACCAAAAGGCUCUGGUGCGGCAGCGCAAGCGCACCUUAAGCCACGGGGACCGCCAUGCCUCUGCGUCGCAGCGUUCUUCCGCCUCCGUGUCCUCCCGCCCACUCUCGGACGACUUUGGAUCUUGGCGGAGAGAGCAAGAAUUUGACCUGCAACUUUUGGAAAGGGCAGUUCAAGGUGAGGAGGCUCAAAGUGUGAGGAGCGUCCAGGGGGAGGAGAGGCCCCCCGAGCACAAAGAGAGACCCCGUUCGCACUCGGAUGACUGGUUGACCUUCAGCUCAGCGACGGGGACCCCCGCCGUCCAAGAUGGCGUGGAAACAUCAGACUACGAUGCGGACUUAAUCAAAGAGCUGUCAAAGCCUGAGAAGGUCUUGAUUCCAGAGCGAUAUGUAGAUUUGGAGCCAGAGGAGCCUCUGAGUCCUGAGGAAAUGGAGGAUCGUCAUCGGAAGGUGGAGCGGAUCAAGAGCAUUUUAGCAAAGUCCAGCGUUCAGAACCUGGCACCGGCAUUAUGUGCUGACAAGUCUGAAGUGAGCCUGCUGGGGCUUGACUCGGUUCUACAGGAGCAGGAGAGGAUCAUCACCAUGUCCUAUAUGCUGGCCUCUGAAGCCUCCCUCAAGAGCAAACGGGUCACAGUUCCAUUACAGUCUACCAGUCCUGUACCACCACCUCCUCCUCCUCCACUUCCGCCUCCCCCUCCUCCUCUUCCUCCUGUAUCUGCGGUAUCUUCCUCCUCCUCUUCCUCUCCUCUAAGCAACGGGAUUCACUACACCUUUGUGUAAUACAGCAAGAACACUCAAGCAAUUUCUGGACAUUAAGAACCUCUGCGACAAUGGCAACAAAUAGCCAGAUUCUACAAAAGAGGCUUUUAAAUGAUCCUGGAACUCUAUUUAUGUACAUCAAUAGAUGAAUGGAGAACAUAUUUAUCGGUAAUCUUCUAAUACAGCACCAACAACCUCUGAAGGAGUUUUUGUGUCAAACAGAAUGCUGCAGCACUGAACUCUCUCAAAAAUAUAUAUAUUUUCUAUAUAUGAUAUUGCACUUUCAGCUGUAUGUACACUGUACAAAAGAAUUUGAAUAUUUUUUAUUUGGCAAUGGAAUAACUUUUGUUGUCUGUCCAUGUACAUAAUGUUAAAAACACGAGUGAAACUGUCAUGAUUGUAGAUUUUUACCACAUGAGGCUGUAUCCUCUAUGUAUUAGCUUGUUUUUUUUUUCCUGCCCACAUUCAGACAAAGUUACAUUUCACAUGUUUUGCAUGGGAAUGUGAAUGUCGCACAAUGGCCAUUUAUUCACAGAUGAAUAUUAAAGCCAUUAACACAAACUUUAGUCAACAGUACUGUUUGUGUGAGUAUCUUACUAGCAGUUUGAAAGGGGACACAACUGUUGCAUACUGAGGUGCUAGUGUGUGUGAAACAUACAGCAGCAUAUAGGUAAAGUACAUCUUGACAUAAUAUUGGAAGUUCAAGAAUUAAUUACGUUAUAUCCACUUGCAAUAUUUCAAAAA